GUGGCCGUAUACCGGAAGGAGAUGGAGAAGCGAGGAGACAGCCCAGGUGGAAAGGCCGACGAGGAAGGCAAUCGGCCGAAAAGGCGGAAGAGCGGGGGAACGCCAAAGGCGGCGGAAAAAGAGAAGUCGCAGGUCUCUACCCCAACUGGCAAAAACUCCACGGCAGACCUGCUGGGUAACGGUUCGCCAAGCGAAGCGGCUGAGAAGAUCCUGUUCAAGCGCGUGGCUGUGGGAAGUGACCAAGACGAAAAAGUGAAGAAGGCGCGUGUGGUGAAGAUGAGCGGCGACGUUGCUGAGGUUGUCACAGAGGGAGACUACAGGUCCAUGGAUGUGGAAGUCGGCGAGCUGCGGGAGAUUGAGGAGACUCAAUUUGGGAUACCGGUCCCCAGAAAGAUGGACCAGUCCUCCCCGACGGACUUCGCAUUCCUCAUAGACCAUGUAGCAGAGGAGACACCCAAGAAGAAGUGA